GCCGGAGCGCCGACUGCCGAGCCGGGAGGCCGGAGGGAGGUCAUGCCAGGGGUCGCGGCUCGCAUCCUCUGCCUGCUGCUGGCGCCGCUGCUGCCGGGCUCUGCGCGCAGCCUGGGGAGCGCUUCCCAGCGGACGUUCAAGAUCGACUACUGCCGGGACCGCUUCCUCAAGGAUGGCCAGCCCUUCCGCUACAUCUCGGGGAGCAUCCACUACUUCCGCGUGCCCAGCUUCUACUGGAAGGACCGGCUGCUGAAGAUGAAGAUGGCGGGGCUGAACGCCAUCCAGACGUAUGUGCCCUGGAACUUUCACGAGCUGCGGCCAGGGCAGUACCAGUUUUCUGGGGAUCAUGACGUGGUGCAGUUUCUGCAGCUGGCUCACGAGCUGGGCCUCCUGGUCAUCCUGCGGCCUGGGCCCUACAUCUGUGCCGAGUGGGACAUGGGUGGUCUCCCUGCUUGGCUGUUGGAGAAAGAGUCCAUCGUUCUCCGCUCUUCUGACCCAGAUUACCUCGCGGCUGUGGACAAGUGGCUGGGCGUCCUUCUGCCCAAGAUGAAGCCUCUGCUCUAUCAGAAUGGAGGGCCGAUUAUAACUGUGCAGGUUGAAAACGAAUACGGCAGCUACUUCUCCUGUGACUACGACUACCUGCGUUUCCUGCAGAAGCGCUUCCACUACUACCUGGGUGACAGCGUGCUCCUGUUCACCACCGACGGUGCGCAUAAGAAAUUCCUGCAGUGCGGGGCGCUGCAGGGCCUCUACGCCACAGUGGACUUCGGUGUAGGUAACAACAUCACAGAUGCUUUCCAAAUCCAGAGGAAUAGUGAGCCCAGAGGACCCUUGGUCAAUUCUGAAUUCUAUACUGGCUGGUUAGACCACUGGGGCGAGCAGCACUGGACAGUCCGGAGUGAGGCAGUGGCUUCCGCCCUCUAUGACAUCCUUGCCCGUGGAGCGAACGUGAACAUGUACAUGUUUAUAGGUGGGACCAAUUUUGCCUAUUGGAAUGGGGCCAACACGCCCUACGCACCGCAGCCCACGAGCUACGACUAUGACGCCCCCCUGAGUGAGGCAGGGGACCUCACCGAGAAGUAUUUUGCUCUGCGGAAGGUUAUCGGGAAGUUUGUAGCGUUACCAGAAGGUCCCAUUCCUCCGUCCACACCAAAGUUUGCAUAUGGAACAGUCCCGCUGAAAAAGUUAAGGGCAGUGGACGCGGCUCUGGAUGUCCUGUGUCCCUCCGGGCCCAUCAACAGUGUUUACCCCCUGACGUUUACCCAGGUGAAACAGUACUUUGGCUUUGUGCUGUACCGAACAACACUGCCUCGGGACUGCAGCAACCCUACGCCCCUCUCUUCACCCCUCAACGGAGUCCACGACCGGGCCUACGUCGCGGUGGACGGGAUUCCGCAGGGAGUGCUGGAGCGAAACAGAGUGCUCACGGUGAACAUCCAGGGGAAGGCUGGAGCCAGGCUGGACCUCCUGGUGGAGAACAUGGGGCGCGUGAACUACGGCAAAGCCAUCAAUGACUUUAAGGGCUUGAUUUCCAACUUGACCCUGGGUUCCUGCAUCCUCACAAACUGGACCAUCUUCCCCCUGGACACCGAGAGGGCAGUGAGCAGCCUCCAGGGGCACUGGGGUGGCCGCCAGAAGGACGCCAGUGCCUGCAGCUCCGGGAACUACACGCUGCCAGCCUUCUACUCUGGCAACUUCUCCAUCCCCAGUGGGAUCCCGUCCCUGCCCCAGGACACCUUUAUCAAGUUCCCCGGGUGGACCAAGGGUCAGGUGUGGAUCAACGGCUUCAACCUCGGCCGCUACUGGCCAGCGCGCGGGCCCCAGGUGACCUUGUUCGUGCCAAAGCACCUCCUGAGCACCUCGACCCCCAACACCAUCACAGUGCUGGAGCUGGAGCGCGCCCCCUGCGGCCAGCACGGCCUGGGCGCCGUGGAGCUCGUGGACACGCCCGUUCUCAAUGCCACCAGCUCUCGGGGCCUGCUGAGACCCCCAGUGUUCAGCAAGGCAGGACUAGAGCCCUAGGGGACUGAAGGCUGUGCCCGGCGGGGUCCAGCCCCCCACCUCCCAGAUAAGAGACCCCGUCACGUCCACACCUGCCGGAGAAGUCCGCUGGAAAGAGCAUCGGGUUCCCAGCGCGGGUCUUCCCGCAGCCCCGGGCGUGAAGGGAGCCGACAGCACAGGCUGCCGUGCAAGCUCCGCAGGGGUCCAGUUUUAUUUUGGAAGAAUCAUGUUGUCUCUUUUUGUUAAAUAAAAUUUGUACUUGGA